AUGAAGACGCAGCGGGAGUCGGCCCACGUGCCGCCCACAGCGCUGCUGCUGCAGACGUCGCGCGCGUCCGCGCCCAUGCCCGCCGGCCACCGGCGCAAGCAGCAGCUCGCGUUGGGCGGCUCCUCGGACCGCCUGCGCAGCCCGGACGACCGCCGCGCCGCCCGACGACACCACGCGCGGCCCCAGGCGGCUCCGCCGGCGUCCGCGCCCUCCGCGCCGUCCUACCAGCACCUGGGCACCAUCGAGAGCGUGCGCACGGCGCUCAGCAGCACCGGCGGCGGCGUGAGCGCGGGCUCCGGCGUCGGCUGCCACGAGGUUAUUCUCAGCGGCGCGCUCACCAAGCGCGGCCAGUUCUUCAAGACGUGGAUCCCGCGCCACCUGGUGCUGUCCCGCGGCGCGCUGCAGGUGUACCGCAAGAACCCGUACGCGGCCAGCAUGCAGCAGCAGGAGAAGGACCUGGCCCAGCUGGAGAAGAAGCUGCUGAAGAUGGAGGUGGCGCGCGCCGACGCCAUCCGCGUCGAGGCGUCGGACGCGUUCAAGCACCACCCGUUCUGCUUCGUCCUGGUGGCGCGCAAGCGCUCGCGGCGGCGCGGGCUGCUGGGCGGCGGCAGCGGCGACUCGACGACGCGCAGCGCCAUCACGUUUAACAGCGCCGGGGGCAACUGCUUCCAGCACCGCAAGGAGAGCAACCUGGACUCGAGGAGGAUCGACGACGGACCGGUCGUGCUCUACUACCUGCAGGCCAGCAAGGAGGCCGAGAGGCAGCGCUGGAUCCGCGCGCUGCAGCGCUGGAUCGAAGGCGAGAGCCCCGCCAAGCUCGGACGCGGCAUCCUCAACUACAUUGUGAACAACGAGUACAGCAACUACCGCUACGGACAGAAGGUGGUGGGAGGUACGUCCUCCUCGAGGUCGGUGGGGCUGGCCGGGGACUGCGGCUCGACGGUCAGUGGACCGGCGGCCUUGUCGCCGGCGUCUCAGGCCGGUCGUAGCGUCGAACAGGAGUUCCCCGUGCUCGCCAAUUUGAUCCGGGACAUGCACGACUGCAAGAAGGAGGACGAGAUGGUGUACAUCCUGGACCAGAUUCUAGGCGAGGUGCAGGACGGCGCCAACAGCGGCUACAUUAAGAAGCUCAUCGCCACGGCGGGGGAAGUGAAGCUCGAGGAAUCGCAGCACGUCUGGACGACACACGUCAAGACGGCGUACGCGAACGUGAUGAAGGCGUUGCAGACCGCGUCGUCUGGACAAGAGCCGAGCAGCCAGGCACCCACUCUGCGGGCCCCUACCACGUAUGCGAUGCGUCAAAACUCAGCGGGCAGUGUGGAGUCGAGUGAGAGCAACCGCUCGCUGAACAACGUGGACAUCAUGUCUUUCCACCGCUUCUACAAGCUCGGACGGAAGCUCGGAUCGGGCGCCUUCUCGGUGGUGCACAUUGCUACCCACCGCGAGACGAAGAAGCAAGUUGCUGUCAAGUGCAUCGCCAAGGCGAGUUUGGGUCCCCAGGACGUGCACUCUUUGAAGCAGGAGGUGGAGGUCAUGUCGAGUCUAAACCACCCGAACAUCGUGCCUCUGCUGGACUACUUCGAGGAGGACAGAUACUACUACAUUGUGACCCCCUUGUGUACGGGCGGCGAGCUGUUCGAUGACCUGGUCAAGCGCAAGAGCUACACGGAGGAGGAUGCCCGCGUGCUCAUGCGCAAACUCGCGAGUGCUAUCGACUACCUUCACUCGCGUGGCAUUGUUCACCGUGACCUGAAGCCGGAAAAUAUUUUGCUGAAAACGUCGGCGCCAGGCGCAGAGGUGAUGAUCGCUGAUUUCGGCUUCGCUAGACCCAUGAACGGUUCACGCCGUGGUACGGCGUGCGGCACUCCGGGCUACGUUGCUCCCGAAGUUGUACAGGGCGAGCCGUACGGAGCUGAAGUGGACUGCUGGAGUCUCGGCGUGAUUUUGUUCAUCCUGCUGUGUGGAUACCCGCCGUUCCCUGGUGCCAACCACGCGACGGUGCUGGACAAGGUCGCGAAGGCCGAGUACAAGUUUGAGUCUCCGUACUGGGACGAGGUGUCUGAUGAAGCCAAGGACCUGGUGUCGGAGCUUCUCACCGUUGAUCGCACCAAGCGUCUCGACGCCUCGGGUAUCCUGGCUCACCCGUGGAUGGACGAGACGCGCGCGUCGGUCAUCAGCAUGACCGACGACAGUGAGUUGCGGAAGCGUAUCACGCGCAAGUGCUCGGACCUGUUGCCGGCGCUGCACCAGAUGCGGAAGCACAGCCUAACGCAUGGCAGCCCCAAGAUUCGUCCGUCCGACAUGAACGUGGACGACAUGGAGCUAGACGAGCUGACCAUGAACAGCGACAAGGAAAUGCUUGAUCGCGAGCUCGCGGACAUGGACGGCUUCUAG